UAACAUAGAUGGUCACACUGUUCAUAGCCUCGGCUGCGAAUUGGAGUUUACUUUACUUGCAAUUUUCGCCAUUUGUUUGUAAUUAACCACGCAUGCUGUGAUUGUGUGACUACUGGCAGAGAAAUCAGCACAGUGCCUAGAGAACCAGUGAUCUGGAGCACCAGGCGAUGGAUCAGGAGAAAAGUGCACAGGCGAAAAACUUGGACGGGUCGACAGACGCCGGUCUCAAAAUGGCGUCCGCGAAUUCCGAAUCAUUGGCGUCGACGACGCACGAGCUGAAAAUUAUGGACGUGGAGGGAGGCGCGGUGGUAGCGGCGGAUCCCGAUCCGGUCGAGGAAGCGGAGGCCCCCAUGGUCAUCCUGGUGGACGACGACGAGGCGGAGGCCGACAUGGAGGUGGACGAAGAGGAGCAGGAGCAGCCGCUGCCGGACGACGCGGGCUUGGAGGACAUCAUGGACGACGACGAUGCUCCAUUGGUGGCCGAACUGCAGUCCGCCCUGAACAACCCAGAUGACAAGCCCGCCAGCGAGGAUCCGCUCAUGGAUGAUCCCGACCGGGACCCGGACACCGUGUCCACCAAAACCGAACCCUCCAGCGAUGCGGAGAGCAAUCACUCGUACCACGAUCCCAUGGGCCUGCUGGAGCGCAUCGACAACCAGGAGGCGGGCGACAGCCAGGACGAGGACGACGACUACAGCGUGGACGAGAGCAGCAACGGCGGCUCCAAUCGCCGCAAAAUGCCCCGCUCGCAGCGCUGGCUCAUCUGGAUGAAGCGCUGGCCCUGGAUCCUCCACGAGGCCUCCGACGGCACCUUCGCCUUCUGCCUCUACUGCAACAUGAACAUUAACGUGAACAACCGCUCCAGGCACAUACAGCAGCACAACAUGUCGCUGUACCACCAGGAACGCGAGUGCAACUACCUGGCUUUCAAGAGGAGCGAGGAGCAGAGCCGCGGAUCGACCAGUGACAACGAGGUGAAGCACGAGUUCGGCACGAAGAGCUAUGUGGCCGCCAUGAAGCAGAAGCGAGUCACCGAGACCGAGGCCUUCAACAACUUCAACUGGCUGCGCUGGCUUCGCUGGCAUCCGUGGCUGGAGCGGUCACAGCCCACGGGAACCAUUGGGACAUGUCGCGUCUGCCACGUGCGCAUGAACGUUGAGUUUGUCUAUCUGCGCAAACGUCACGAGACCACAAAAGGUCACUUGGAGGCGCUGCGGAUUCAGGAAUCCGACAAGCCGAGCCGUAAGCGGAAAAGGAGCAAGAGCGCCAGUGAAACCACCGUUGUCGAGGAGGAGGUCGAGCAGGAAAAGGAGAAGGAAUCGGAGCCGGAGGCGGAGACGGAGGAUGCGCAAGAGACGCCCGUGGUGGUGAUGAACGGUGGGGUGGAACCGGGCGAGGACCCCAGCAAGUGGUGCGAGCUAAUUCCAGACACCAGUCCACAGCAGUGCCGAUGCACGCUCUGCGACAUGCCGAUGGUGAUCACCAGCUUCCUGCGGCAUUGCAAAGCCAAGGCUCACUGCCACAAGCUAUUGGAACCCGUCCAAAAGAGUUCUGAUGACAUUCGCGGUAUUUGGGCCGUGUUUGCCGAUCUGCAUCCAUGGCUGAUCGCCGAUCCAGAAGACCCCAGUAUCGGGUACUGCAGCAUCUGCCGCAAGAGAUUUAUGUACGGAAACUCCGAGAUCAAGCGCAAGAACCACGAGAACUCCGAGAAGCACACAUCGGCAGUGGCCGCCGCAAAGGCGAUCAUUGAAGCCUCAUUGGCUGAGGCCAAGGAGGACGAGGACGAGGGCGACGAGGAUGCGGAGGAGGAGCAGGAGGAGGUAGAGGAGGAGGAGGUGGCCCCCAGUGAGCCAGCCCAGUCGGAAGUACGAUCAGAUAGCGAGGGCACUGAGGAUUUGGACGAUGACAAUUGGUCGGAGACACAAAAAGCUGGCAAGGGCUUCGCUGCUAAGUCUGAUAUGGAGCCCAGAAAGGCCAAGAUCCGCGCCGGCGUGCAGUUCUAUCCAUGGCUGUGCUACUCCAAGGACCGGAAGACCCAGCUGUGCAAGUUCUGCCGCGUGCGCUUCUACAACGAGGCGGGCAAGGCAAGGCAUGAGUUUAGUGUGCGACACAUCCGGCUCAUGAAGCAGGUCAAGGGGCGCCAGCUGAAACAGGCCCAGGGCGCACUCAAGCAGACUCGAAAUAAAAGGCAGAAGGAGCAGGUGGAGGCCCAGGACGGCGAUGAAGUGGCAGAGGAGGAAGAGGAGGAGGAGGAAGAGGAGGUUGAUGGGGAUGGCGAGAGCAACACGGACUCGGGCACCGUGCAGACGAGGAAGCCCCCUCGAACAGCCGCCAAACUGUUCGUUAAGCCCAUUCCGGCGACCACGAAGGGUAAGGUGAUGGUGUGGAAGGGCCGCUUCCCGUGGCUCUCGUACAAAAAGAGCGAGCAGCGCGGGAACUAUGCCUGGUGCAAGCUCUGCGAGGUGUCCCUCUACCUGCCCACCUCCAAGUGGGCCUCGAAGCACCAGCGGACUUCGCGGCACAUCCGCCUCCGCUUCGACCGGAAGCGCAAUGGAGGCCAAGCUUCGGCAGGAGGAGCUGCGGCCAAGAGCCCAGCCGAAAUCUCCACUGUGGUGGCCACUGCGUCGGCUCUGGCCAGCGGUGAGGCCAGGCAGAAGGCGGCCAUGGCCGAGCUGCAGGCCAAGUACGACUGGCUGGACCCGGAUGCCAACGACGAGAACCACUGCCACUGCCGGGUCUGCGAUACCCGGCUGCCGAUCAAGGUCUUCUAUCUGCGCCAGCACGACGCCUCGCGCAAACACGCCGACAGUCUGGAGCGGAGCAGGAGCAACGUUGCCGUGGCCGCAGAUGCUCCAUCCGUCGGCACGAACUCCACCGCCGAUGCGGAGAGGCAGGAGUCGGGUCUGGAGAAGGAGAGCGACGGUGACAUGAGCGUGAGAUCCGAUGGCAGCAUGGCCGAGCCGCCCGCAAAGCGAUCGCGACGCUCGAUGGAAGUUCGUCGCUUAUUGCGCGCCCUGCGCGACUCCAUGGGCAAGCCCCAGGAGGAGCGCUCUCAGAUGGACAUGGCCAAGGACAUGAUCUGUUCCUCGUUCGACAUUGUGUCGCGCCUGCGCACCCUGGAGCGGGAGGCGGCCGCCCAGGGCGACACCAAGACGCAGGCGCCGACGAUGGCUGCGCCCCAGCCACCCGAGCCUCGACACGUGCUAGAUCUCUUCUUCGAUAGUAUUGCGCCGACUAUGAAGUCCCUGCCGCCGGAUUUGGCUGCCGAGGGCAAGGCCAAAAUCAUGCAGCUCGUGUGUGGCUUGGAAGUUCGAGCCAUGCAGCGGAGUUCGUUGGCGGCAGCCACAUCUCCAGCCGCACCCUCUUCCACAUCGUCUGCUGCAGUGGCUACUCCAGCUCCGACCGUUCCACUUACAGCUCCUCCUGCUUCUAACCUCUCGUCAGCUUCUGCUGCUUCUGAUGUAGACUUGCAUUCCAGUGUCAUCACCAUCCAGGACGAUGAGCAACCUGUGCAGAACAAUAACAACAACGAGGCGGAAACGGUACAGAACAAGUCAGCCAGCGGUGGCUCCUCCACCCAAGUGACCAUAAACGGCAACCCAAAAGACCUGCCGGAGAACAUCCGGCGCAUCUUGAGUUCCUCGCAGAUGCAGGUGACCAACCGCUACGACACGGAUCCAGUGCGAUGCGUGCCCCUGGACAAACUGACAACGCACAACAGGAUCAACGGAAAUGGGCGACAAAGCCAAGGUGGCUCCUCGGAAGCACCGUCCACCCCACAGGCGGACAUGACCAAUGGCAACACGCUCGCUAUGCUCCGCCAGAUACGUGUGAAUAAUAACAACAGUUCCAAGAUGAUCACCAUCACCAAGACGCCCAUGCAGCAGCCGCAGCAGCAGCAGCAGCAGCAGUCGGGAAAUAUGGCAACGACACCAAUGAUGCGGGCCGGUCCGAACAGCAACGGCGGUCAAAUGGCAACCUUCCGAUCCCUGCUGAACCACAACCGCAGGCCAUAGAGCUCCUAGGAAUACGAAUCAUCCAUAGUUAUAGUUUUUGUCAUUGUCAUUAUUUAAACUUUCUUAAACUCACAUAUUUUGUAUGUUAAAGAUGAAUACUUGCAAGCAAGAUAGUUAUUUCAAGUUAA